AUGGACCAAUCCCUUUCUAGUAUUGUUCUUCCAGAAGAUCAAUUUGGAUGCGAUCAUGUUUUUGAGUUGAAUGAAGAGCUAUCGAAAAUGAUUCCAAAAAUAGUUCUUGUUGUUGGCGCGGCAGACGCUGAUAAUACGAAGCAUUCUAAAGAAGGAAAUUUCCCAUCUCUAUUGAUCCACUACACUAGUCCACUGAAAUCCUUUGAAGAUCCAAAUGAUGUAUCUCCCGGUAGACGCCUUGUUGUUCCUCUGCAUAUUUGUGUUUUGCAGGGUUCCUCUUUGUGA